GAAGACAGGCGAGCUGACGGAAAGAGGCAAACAAGAACCUGCGAUGAGGCUCGGUGUCAGUGAUCUACCUGCUGGUGCUGCGAGGAACUGGCAGAUCUCCAGAGUUUAUUCAGCUGACAGAUGAGUGUCCAGAAGGUUACUAACAGGAUGAGACCGGGCAGCCACGUGGCCCUGCAAAGGAUUACAAGCAGCGAGAAGAAGGCAAAGAGAUUAGACUCAAGAGGAACUCUGCAUUUUUAACCUCGUCACUGUUGUCACACUGACAGUCUGGAAGAAAACUGAGUCAAGAUCUGUACUCCGACACCCCCUCCUCAUCUUCUCCUCCUUUCAUUGCACCCAUUGCUCAUCCACCCAUGCAGCCAACUCUGCCGUCCGCAGGGAUCCAACGGCAUCCAGGAUCCAGCUACUGAGGAAACAGAGCCGCAGCGCAGAUGCAGAGGUGGACUGAAUGGCCUGGUUUGGUGCUUGCAACUAGUUUGUUCUACACCCUCUCCUAAAAGAGAAGAGCCAAGGAGAUUCUGGAUUUUUAUUGUUAUUUGCAUCCUUCUUUUUACAAAUGUUUUGUUUGGACUUGAAAGACACAAAAGGUAACCCAUCAUGCUUCUGAAGUCAGGAGUAUUCCUCACUUUGUGUCUGUUCACCCUUCAAGCAAGUCAAAUAAAAGGGUUUCACGACUACGGCUUUUCUGGACUCAGGGAUGCAAAGUACCGGCACUUUCUGGAAGUUCCCAGACCGAUCAGUCACGACACCAACGUCAGAGCGGACCAGGAGAGACACCGAGUCAAGAGGUCGACGGCGUUCACCACGGGUGUCAAAGUGUGCCCUCAGGAGACCAUGAAAGCAGUGAUCAGCAGCCAUCGGGCCUAUUACAAACUCAGAGUUUGCCAGGAAGCAAUUUGGGAAGCAUUUCGGAUUUUCCUGGACCGAGUCCCAGAUGCAGAGGAGUACAGAGCGUGGGUUUACACCUGCCAGCACGAAAACCUCUGCAUGGACGACCUGGCCCACAAUUUCAGCAGCUCUCAGGAACACCUGGACAUGGUGGCCCAAAGGGUUUCCGAGCAGGGUGAAAGUGACGGUUUCAUAGCAGGGACUCCUGAACCAGGCAGUGACUGUAGCUGGACUCCCCCUAUGAUCCUGCUGCCAACGGAAGCUGGUGAAAUCAAAGAGGAUCCCAACUUGCUCAAGGAGAACUAUGAGGAAUACAUUGUGGAGUUCAGCAUCACCAUUGUGGACCCGGUAUACAACCAGCUGCUCAGCAACCCUGAGGCGCUGCAGUACGACGACAUUGCAGGACAGCUCAGAGACAAGAUGCUUCAAGUGUUUAAAAAAGUUCCAGGAUUCAAAGAAUUACGCAUGCUGGGAUUUCGAUCAGAGGAUACGUCAGUGCGCUAUGCAGUCGUGUUUAAUGGAGAAACAGAGCUCAAUGGUGUUUUUGAGGGUUUGGAGGAGCCAAAAGCAGAUGAAGAUGUGAAUGCUCCUAAACUGAAGCACAUUAUUGUAAAGGCCUUGAAAAAGGAGCCUUCGCUCUUGAUGGACAUGCAGACCCUCAGCUUUGAGGCUGUAACUACACUCUAUCCAGUGGAGAAGCUUGGCCUGAACCCUGUCAAGACCGUUGUAUCAGAGGAUGACCCCACAGCUGAGGACAACCCUCCCGCCGAACGUCUAUUCCCCACCACAGCAGUGAUGGACGGCUCAUUAGCAGCUUCAACUGUCAAACCAGAAACACACACGCUCGUGCCUUUCAUCCCCACCGUCCUCCCAGACACCACCUCUGCUGUCACCGUGGACUCUCCUUUAAUGGCAGCAACAGAGGAGUCGGCUACAGGAAAACUGGAAACUAUCACAGAGGGGGAAGGAGAGGAACUUGUGGAGGAGAUCCCGCCAACUGAACAGCUUGAACCGGCUGUUGAAGACAGCGCAGAUCAAGCAGAGCUACAGAACGAAGACUAUUCUGUGGCAGGAGUGCUGACCGAUGCAUCUGUCGAGGUUUACCUUGACACGCCAGAGGCUACAGCUCCCACAGUCCCGGAGACAUCUGGGGACAUGCUGCAAGGCAUUGAACCAGAAACAACUGUGGAGCUUUUCCCGUCCUCUGUUGAUGCAGGCGAAUCCCCAAAUGACACGAAUGAUUUCAGCGGAGGCUACAGCGACGUGACCCCAGCGAUGGAGGACCUCCCUGCCGACAACUCAAACAUGCAAGCGGAAGCCGUCCCGAGUGAGAACGAGAUGGAGGUCAAAGUGACCGAGCCGCUGGAAGACGGGAGCGGGAGCGGGCUGGCCUCGGAGUCUGAUGAACGUCCGUAUGAAUCCACAGCUGCUCCCGCCUUGAGACAAGUCAGCACACCUCUGAUGACAGCUGUGGAUAAGAGCAAAGAGUUAGUGGUUUUCUUUAGCUUGAGGGUCACUAACAUGAUGUUUUCCGAUGACCUGUUCAACAAGACCUCCCCUGAGUAUAAGUCACUGGAGAACACGUUUCUCGAGCUGACACAGCAUUCUGGGUCCAAAAAGUCACCAAACCCUGGAGCAUCCAGUAAAUCUAAAGCCACAACUUUAGCCUCCAUACCGCUUUUGCCGUAUCUGCAGUCCAAUUUGACUGGAUUCAAGCAGCUGGAGAUCCUCAACUUCAGGAACGGGAGUGUUGUGGUAAACAGCAGGAUGAAACUGGACAAGCCGGUACCUUAUAACGUCACGGAGGCCGUGCACUGCGUUCUCGAGGACUUCUGCAACGCAGCGACUAAACGGCUUGACAUUGAGAUUGACAGUCGCUCCUUGGAGAUUGAACCAGCUGACCAAGCAGAUCCCUGUAAGUUCCUGGCCUGCAACGAGUUUUCGCGCUGCGUGGUAAACGGUUGGAGCAACGAGGCGGAGUGUCUGUGUGACCCUGGAUACAGCACCAUGAACGGAUUACCUUGCCAGAGCACCUGCACCUUGCAACCGGACUACUGCCUGAAUGGAGGCCUGUGUGAACUAAUCCCAGGUCACGGGGUCACCUGCAGAUGCCCGACAGGUAAAUACUGGCACUACCACGGAGAACGCUGCAACGAGCUGGUGUCAGUGCCGGUAGAUCCUUCACUAAUUGUAACCUGCCUUGUGGGGAGUCUUUGCCUUGUUUGCGCUGUUUUCGGGAUCUUAACAUUCAUCAACAAGAAAUGUAUAAAGACCAGGAAGGCUAUAACUUUGGUGCCCACCCUUGCUCCCUAUGCCUUUGAGAAUACGUUGAGAGAGAACCCAGUAUUUGAGAAUGAUGAUGGUGUCUUAACACGAGUGUCCACAUUACCGUGUCCUUCAAGUUCUGCCUCUUCUCAAUCCCAACAGUCUGAGCAAGAACAUUUUGCCUCAAUUGAAAAUAUUCGCCUGAGUAUCGAGAUCCCCAGACAACUCUACACAACAAGAUCCGAAAAGUUAGUCUCAGAAAUGGUGGACUUUCAUCACUGCAUACCACACAAUGAGCUCUAUGACGUGUGCAAAGACGUGGCGACGGCCAAAUGAAUACAGAACACGGUGUCUUUUAAGAGCAUCAGACAACGACUGUUUUGAAGUAACGGUUCUCUGACGACACCUUGCCCACCUGAACUGCCAACACAGUGACGCGUCGAAAAGCACGAGGAAAUAAAGGCUGAUGUUGCUGUUACGCUGUGUAUAGUUUGCAUGUGCAGAUGCAGGUACAGUAGCUCAGUGGUUGAAAUGUUUAUAGUGAGGAAAGCGUCCCGUUAGACAGUGAGCUAUGGAGAGUGUUCAGGAAGCUGAUAUUUACGUCAUGUACUGAGUGGUAGGGACAUUUCCUGUGCACCCUUUGCAAAGGUUCUUUCCUCACAAUGAGGUAUUUAUUAUGUACAAACUGAUACACGUGGAUGUAUCGUACUAUAUGUUUAGACUACAAUAUAUGGAAGUGUUUAUUGUCGAUGCCGUUCUUAAACAAUGUGUCCCAAAAAGAGAAUAUCCUGCAUAAGCUGCUGACUGUGUCUGCAUCAGUCUGUCCAACUCACAUGUCUUACCACUAAUCAUUUGUCUGUUAAGAUUUGGAGAUAUUUUUAUACAAUUUAUGUUUAAAAUGAAAUAAAAUGUUGGUUUUCUUUUUAUUUAAAA